AUGCUGAUCGGGAAAUCGCAGCAAAGCGGCGUCCAAGGGCAGAGAGAGCAUCAUCAUUCCCUCUACUAUGGGAGGUGCUUGCUUAACCAAGCUCGUCUCAUCGGUGGAGGACUUGCUAUCGGGAAGAAACAAAUCGGCAUCAGCGGAUCUGCCGGCGCCGAAACCGGUGCUAAGAGAGCAGCUUGGUGGUGUGGUAAGCAGACAGGUGUGCAGGCGAUGUCCAGGACGAGAGCUAGCGUACUCCACCCUGGAGACCUGCUUGUUUGGGACAAUGGCACGGUGAUUGUUGGCCUCCUCCCUACUACGUCAGGUGCUUGCUUAGACCUGCCUGCUUCAGUUAGUCGCACUUGCUGCCCGGCCACCACCAAUGCAGAUCUUCUCCUUACUACGGCAGGUGCUCACUUCAGGUAA